AAGUUGGCCGCGGUUCGUGUCAGCGAACUAGCUCUUUCUUUUUACUUCCUUUCGGUUCCAAACAAGACGCAAAAUGUCGAAGAGAGGACGUGGUGGUACCGCCGGAGGUAAAUUCCGCAUCUCACUAGGUUUGCCCGUAGGCGCCGUGAUGAACUGCGCUGACAACACAGGUGCCAAGAAUCUGUAUGUUAUUGCUGUCCAUGGUAUUCGUGGUCGUUUGAACCGUCUGCCGGCUGCUGGUGUCGGUGACAUGUUUGUGGCCACUGUCAAGAAGGGUAAACCUGAGUUGAGAAAGAAGGUCAUGCCUGCCGUCGUUAUUCGGCAGCGUAAACCAUUCAGAAGGCGUGACGGGGUCUUUAUAUAUUUUGAAGACAAUGCGGGGGUAAUUGUGAAUAACAAGGGCGAAAUGAAGGGCUCGGCCAUCACUGGACCGGUGGCCAAGGAAUGCGCUGAUUUGUGGCCCCGUAUUGCAUCGAACGCCAGCUCUAUAGCCUAAGCGCAAGUAGUAGUCCUUUAUCAAUAACAACAACAACAACAGAAAUAAAACCCCAAACGGAAAUAUGUUUGUUUUUCAAUA